AUUCAAAUAAUUACACAACCAGCAAACACGAAGUCACAAAUUGCCCCAUAUAUUUUGAAGUUACGAAUAUAGUUUAUUUAAAAUUGGAACUCCCCAAUUCAGCUACAAAGAAAAUAUGAAGUUUAUUGAUGAAGUAGAUCUAGAGCUUGUGAAUCAGGAGCUAAACUUUCACUCUCCCGACAACAAUUUGGUGAUACAAGGAGGUUGUGACUUAUUUACUACCAAACCAAUUGGUUAUGAUCGUAAGUUGUUCAAGACAAUUGAUAAACACCUAGACCAAAUAAUAGAAGAUAAUCAACUUUCGAGAUCUUUGGAAAGGGAGCGAAAGAAUUCUAUAAUUUCAAUAUUUGGAAAUAGCUCGAGUCCCCCACUACAUGGAGAGCCAAGAAGAGGAAGUAUGACUGAAAGAGACAGGCGUGCAAGUCAUAAUCUGGCUAAUAUCAAUUUUGCCAGGAGUUCACUGCCAGUUGACCACAACGAUGGCAAGUCAUUAUUAUCGAGAUCAUUAAUAGAAGACAGUACCUGUGAAUAUGAAGCAGUAGACGAAUCUCCAUUUGGCCCUUUAAAGAAUGUUACUACCAGGAAAACUUUUGCUUAUUUAAUAGCUAUACUUAACAUCUCUUUUCCUGACCAGGAUUUUACCAACUUGCAACCAACUACCGAAAACUUCUAUCGAAUUGAAUCUCCAGAAGAUUUAAUCCAUAGGUUUAACAACAUACUACUUUCAUUAGGAAAGAAAGAAGAUAUAUUGAAUUGGAUAUGGGACAUUAUAAAUUCCUAUAUGGAUGUAAUACCUUCCAAGUCGUCAUCGCCAUACUUGUCAGCGCAGAAUGUAAAUCAUGCUGGUGGUCAUGGUAGCAGAAAGAAUAGCUUCAAUGCACGUCGAAAUUCGAAUGGUGGGAGUACAUCGCCGUCUCAACAAUACCUUCAAGAUGGCUGUCAAAUCUAUCAAUUUCAACCAUCUGAUGAAUCAAUAUUCGAGGAUUUGACAUAUCCUUAUCAACCAAUGUGGUCAUACUAUUGGUUCAUUUAUAACAAGAAAAAGAAGAGGGUUACAUUUCUCCAUUUAACUGCGAUAAAUAAGGCUCAUUAUUCCAAUGUAAAUGCUAAUAAGGAGUUUGAACAAAAGAAAAAGUCACAAAAUGAUAAAAUUAUCACCGGAGAUGAUGAAGAAGAAUAUGACGAAAAUGAUGAGUACAUGGACAGUAGUGAAGUUGCAAUAAUAGAUGAAGAAGAUGAUAAUACCGAUGUAGUGGGAGACCUCGAGAUCUGAUUAAUUUUUCCUGUUUUGUAUUAUUUCAGCUAGAUAUUAUCGUGGUACCAUUCACAUUAACUAACUUUUAUGUAUGUUUAAUUGUAUAUUAAAUAUGAAUUAUUUAGAUCCCCCAAUUUUCAAAUUUUGUUCCGAAAA